AUGGCGCUCACUAGUACGUUUACGGCCGACGACGUUGCGUUCUUGUGCGAAAUUCCGUUUUUGCGGCCGCGCGACGAGGCGCUCUACUCGCUCUUCCCGCUCACCGCGUACAACGGCAUGGAGGCUCUCUUGCCGCCGCUUGAGGACGACGCGAUGCUUCCGAACGAUGACGCCAUCAUCGAUGUCAUCGAAGAUGAGACGGUCGCACGCAUCGACGACCUCGAGGGCGCGAUGGAAUUGCACUUUGUCGAGUGCCCCGUCUGGGAUGUGAGCGCGAUUCUGGACCUGGUCGAGCGCCUUCCGACGCCGUUUAAAGACCGCACGCACGGCACGUGCUCGUACCGCAACGGCAAGUGCCGGCAGCCGUGCAACCGGAAACGAAGCGGCGCCUUUUACAAGAUGUGUCCGGACCACCGCGUCGCGGCCGUGCGCAACCACAAGAAGGCGCUCGCCAAGCGCCUCGCCAAGGUACCGCUUGCGUGA